AUUUCGUUCGCUUCUUGUCACUUGUGGUUCGCUUUUAGUAAAGCCUAGAAAGUUUGUUUUUUGCAUUAUAAUACACAAAAUUGAAAGAAGUGUGUAUAAAAUAUUUUUUUAAUUCUGCAAACUAUGAGUGGAGUAAAAGCAGAGUCUAAAACCAGUUCCCGUAUUGUCAUUUCAGUACAUAUUUGACUGUACAUUUGAUUAACGUUUGCUUUAUUUUUAUAGUUGAUUGAUCAAAUAUUUUGUAAAAAUUAUAUUACACAGUGAUACUUAAUCAAUACUCAACUAACUAUUGGUUAUUUAGAAAUGUUGGGAGUUGGAAUACUCUUUGUAAAUUAAAGCCUAUGUAAAAUAAACUAAGAAAUUGUUCACAGGUUAAUUGGGUUAACUUCGUCAAAAACACCAAAAUGACUCUAAAUUCAAUUAACAAAUUACAACAACAGCUUCAAAGCAUAUUAGGACCGGAGUACAACAGUUAUCUGGAGAAUAUGCAAGAUUGGUUUGGUCAACAGAUUACCAAAGAGUUUUUUGACGAACGAAUGGCCACGAUUCUCCAAGGGAGAGGCGCAUAUGAAGUACACAAUGAGAUGAUGAAGCUAAUAAUGUCCCAAUGUAACGGAAAUACUCCAACCCCUGCGCCGACACCCGUGGUCACAACUAACUUUAGUGGUCCUCGAAACCUGAUCGUUCCCACGAACUCGUUCAGCAUGGAAUUUGAAACGAUCGAACACCAGAAUGGGAAACGAUUUGUGAUUUACGAGUCUGCAGACGGGGAGGAUGACCUGACUCCAAAUCAAAGCUACAUCACAGUUAAUUUGGUGGAAGGUGAUGACUUACUCCCUUAUAUGAUGCGAGCCGAAGAGGUCGAGAAGGUCAAACCUAUCGUCCCAGUGGAUUGGCUCUUUAAUGUUGAUGUUGUCAAAGUUAAUGCGGAUGAAGCAAACCAAACUGCAUUUUCACCUCCAGAAAACUAUUCAAAAUUUGCAAUAGAGCAAGCUCCGACCGGAAUUAUCCGCAGUUCAGGAUUUUUACCUAGCACUACCUAUGGAUAUGAUAUUGCUGAUCGUCUAAAUAGAUUUCCUCAGCUCAGGGCACAUUUCAAACAUCAGUCGAAAGAUCAACCCUAUUUACCCGAUGGUUCUUCAAUUCAUGGCCGAUUUCUACUAAAGGCUUGGGAAUGUGGUUUGGAUGGAGGCGUAGACCCUAACGGUACUAAAUUGGUCCACGAAGCUGUGAAGGAACAUGUACGUAAAAUAAUUACUGAGAUGGUAAAACAAAGACGCUCAUUCAGAAUGCGGAACAACAAAAUUUGUCACUCCAUUGGAGCCCCUUAUCCAAACCCAUAUUUGCUUUGUUAUAAACAAGGUCAACACCUCCUGGAUUCUGCCUACUCUUCUGAAACGACCAGAAUGGCAGAUGUUAUGCAAGUGCCUACAAUGGUAUCCAAUGCCGAGGAACUAGAAAGAAUUGCAACACUGCAAAUAGCUUCUGCAGCUCCGUCAAAAAUUUGCAGAUUUCCAGCAACCAAAUCUACCUUGGCAGAUCUCUUAAAUGUCAUUGAGAACGAUCCUGGAAUUAUCCCAUACACAUCGCUCCGCUUCAAACUGCUUGGAGGCAUUGGCCAAAAGUAUAAAGGUUUCGCAGGAACUUUCUCUUACGACGAUGAUGACAAUGAUGACUACGACGAUCACAGUACCUUGCUACCCAUCUGCUCAUAUUAAAAUAAGCGUCGAAAAAAAUAAAUGUCUGAUCUCAACAUUUCAAGCUCA